AUGCCCCCUAAUAAUUACUGUGAUAUGAUUAUACAAGCAUGGGCUCCUGCUAUACCAAAUAUGACAGCUCUUGAAGCACAACCAAAGAAAAAAUUAUUAGUGAAGCAAAAUGAUAGUAUUAUAUCACAACCUGUAUUCCCUUCAUAUGAUGAAAUGCAAAAAUCCUUCCAAGCUAUGAUGGAAAAACAGAAGAUUGAAUCCAAAGCUGAGAUUGAAAAACAGAAAGCCGAAAUUGAAAAAUUGAAAGCCGAAUUUGAAACAAAAAUGACUCAACAAUCCAAAAAAUCUCGCUCUCCAGUUCCACCCAAAGAUUAUGAACAAAUGCAAGAAUUCUAUGAAGGUCAAGGUGAUUCUAGAUGGAAAGAUAUUAGUAGAGAAGAAGCACUACA